AUGGCAGAAGAAGCGGAUACGUCGACGCCUUCGGUAACCUCGAAUGACCCCAGUGGCGCUCCCGCGAAGAGACGGAAGACUGCGCAGAAUCCUUCCUCGCGCGGCGUCGCCAACCUCACUCCUGAACAGCUCGCCCGAAAACGCGCAAAUGAUCGCGAGGCCCAGCGUGCCAUCAGGGAGCGCACGAAAAACCAGAUAGACCGGCUCAAUGGCCGGAUUCGAGAAUUAGAGUCGCAGCAGCCGUACCAUGAGCUCCAGGUUGUCCUUCGCGCGAAGGAGGCUGUUGAGCGCGAGAACGACGACAUCCGCAAGAGGCUGGCAUCCGUCCUGACCAUCAUCCAGCCCAUAUUGCGCGCCCAGGGCCUCAAUGAUUUAGCUGCUGCUGCGGAGCGAAGCCCAUUACCCAUCCCUCCGCCCCCAGAAGCAGGCUCCCAAAUCUCCCACCACCUAGAUCGCGAGUAUCAGCACGACCACACCCAUUCUCAGAACGGCAUAUCACACACGAGCGAGGCCCCAAGCGCGCAGUCACCGGGAGCUCAGAGCUCAAGCAGCAGACCAUGGCCUUUUCCUGGCGAUCCUCCAACUAGUAACGUCAGAGGAUGGCCAGGGGCCAUUCCUCCCUUUGACGAGGAACGGCAUAACAUAUCCCAAGAUAUGGGCUAUGAUGAACGACUUGGAGUGGAUUUCCUGCUUGAGGGCAGCCAGAGAAUGAAAUUGGGGACGGCGAGUCGUCCUGCUCAGCACUCCCCACCAGGCCCCAUGGUGCUUGGCCACCCCGACCACAUUAUGGUCGCUCAUUCUACCCUACCGCGAAAUAUUGAGCCAACAUGUCCACUUGAUGUAAUAAUGCUUGACUUCAUGGCAGACCGACGGCAGCGUGCCGCGGAGGGGGUGCCCUUGAAGACCUUGGUUGGCCCGCUUUACCCCAACUUUACCUCGCUAGUGUAUCCGGAUCGUCAGAUUGAGGCUCACCCUCUCUCGAAACUUUUCACGGACAUCUUGCGCACGUUUCCAGAUAUCUGCGGGCUUCCUGAGCAAGUGGCUGUGGUGUUUAUUAUGUUUCUUGUCAUGCGAUGGGAAAUUGACCCCACGCAGGAAAACUACGAUAGGCUACCAGAAUGGGUGACGCCCAGACCAAGUCAGCUAUUCACUCCUCAUCCAUGCUGGAUGGACAAUCUGCCAUGGCCACGACUACGUGAUCGAAUAACAACUGCGCAACCCUUCACGAUUUUCGACACUUUCUUCAUUUCUUACACAACCACCAUCUCUCUUAACUGGCCAUAUGAGGCCCGCGACUGCCUUCUCCCUAUUUCAUCUGCAAAAGCCGCCUCAACGCCAGGCUCCCAAUUCUCCGCCACGUCUCCGUAUAGCACCACAGCCCACGCGGGCUCACCGCCAGGGCCACCAACGCCUGGGGGUGCGGCGAGCACGCCAGGAGCUGGCCCAAAAGAUGACGACCAUUGGCUCAUCAACCCAGCCUUUGAGAGUCAUCUCCGGAACCUGAACAAUUGGAGUUUGGGACCUGCCUUCCGAAAGGCCUUCCCACACUUUGCUGAAACCGUGAGGAUUAAAGAGGGCCGCUGAUGUAAAUGUGGACAGCAGGAAAGAUAUAUUUAUAUUUGGACUCUGAUUUGGAGUCAUCUAAUUUAGUGUUCUCUUAUGGUGGCGCUCUGGGCACAGGAGUCUCAUCGCAAGGUUAAAGGGGUGGCAUAAAUUCGUGUGCAUGGCGCUAGUCUGUACGAUCUGUUUGUGCGAUCAGUUUCGCUCUCAAUAGGUUCUAUUUUUCUUUACAAUACCACCCUAUGCGCCAUCAACGCUAUAAUAAUGUCCCAGGAUUUC